AUGAAAAGGAACUCGUCAGUUCGAUGUGCGAUACGCGCGAUGAAUGUGCGAGAGCUACUAUCAGAUGACACUCAUGGCCCGCCGAAACGUGCGAGUGCUGUCAGCGAAACUCCCGAGUUGAUGUGUGCCACAUUUGAAACUCCAAGGACACAGAAAGUCCAAUGA